AUGGAUCAGUUCCUGGCGGAGAGUGCUGCUCUCCUCUCGACACCUCUACCACAGGCUGAGGGUCACUACGAUCAGACUGCGAAAGGACUCGUGUCAGCACUGAACAAACUCACAGCGCCAGACCUGGCAUCUGCCCGAUCAGCUCUAGACGAACUAUCUUCAUCGCACCACACAAUUCUCUACACGUACAUCCUCCUAGCGAACAUUGAGGUCUCCGCAGCAAGCGGCAAAGCUGCCCCGAGACAGGUACCUCCGAGUGUCCUUCCUGAAGGUGCACUAUGGCGCUACAUGGCCCAUCUCCUCUUCGAGUUCGAUCCGAUCCAAGCGCGAUAUUGCGGCAGCCACCUGCUGAGAAUCGUCGACUACGUGUCCUUGGGCGCCGAGCAGACCACGAACUAUGUGCCUGCUAUCCAAAUGCUCCAUCAUUUCAUUCUCCGACUAGACAGCACAUCCUCGACCCUCACCUCCACUCAUCGAACGUUCGUCCGGCUAUGUCUGCUGUCUCAAGCCUACGCCGAAGCUGCCCAGGUUCUAGACAAGCCUAUCUACCAUAUUCCGUCACUACUGCCCGACACCAGGACGAACAGGUACCUCUGUUCAGAUUCAGACCGACUAUACCUGUUCCUCAGCCCAGCCACGGGUCUGUCGCACCAAAUCACCAGUCGGACAUACCUUGAGUACUAUUUGUUGGGCAGCAUGUGCUACAUGGCUCUGAGGCGGUAUAAAGACGCUAUGCUCUUCCUGGAGGUUGUUCUUACGGCACCGGCCGUCCAGAACGUGGCAAGUGCAAUCAUGGUAGAGGCGUACAAGAAAUGGUUGCUUGUUGGACUGUUGAUACGUGGAGCCACUCCCACGAUACCAAAGAACGUCGGUCAGAACGCCAUUAAGCAUAUUCGUGCACUAGCACGGCCGUACGAGUGUGUAGCGGAGGCUUUCAAAAAUGGGAAUAUUGAGCGGCUGCGCGCGGAAAUCGAGGCGGGAAAUCUCAUCUGGCAAGACGACAACAACUACGGGCUCAUGGUGGAGGUCUACCAAGCUUUCCGAAAGUUUGCAGUUCUGAGACUGGGCCGAACUUUUGCUGCGCUAUCAAUAGCGGAGGUUGCUAGAAGAACCUCACCAGAUGCUGCCAAUCUGGGUGAAACGAAGGCAUACCUUGGAGCACUGAUUGCGAGUGGCUCAUUGAACGCGGUCAUCACAGAUGGGAGCAAUGGCAGUCAGACAUUGCGUUUUCUGUCUUCAUCGACAUCAGCAAAAUCAGAAGCACAACUCGAGUCGGCUCAGGCAGCUCAGGCGCAAGAUUUGCAAGUUCUGCUACAGCAUAUCCAAGACACGGAACAUCGCCUCGAAGUGAGCAGAGAGUACGUCGACUACCUGAGGAAACUGAAGAAACUGAAAGAAGACGACAAGAAAAGUAGCGGGACGGGCGUUGGACGGUCGGCAGCUGUGGAGGAUGUUGACGAGGACAUGAUGGAGGAAUUCUGA